AUGGGCGAGGACGCUGAGCGCCCUCGCUGGUUUGAGUUGCUUAGGGUUGGUGUAGACAUUUUUGUUCUUGAUUAUGAUGCUAUUAUUUCUACCAUGUAUGCAUUGGAGAUUAGUGCUGAUGGGGACUGUUACUUGUGUGUGCUGCCUGACCCUGGUAUAGAGGCUAGUACUCUAGGUGCUGGUGAGGUGGCAACCUUAGUUGCGAGCGAGUCUGCUCUCUCAAGUACUACGCCUGAUGAGGCCUUGCACACCUUCACGCUUCACUCAGGUGCUUUCCGCUGCUUCUUUCGUGAUAGUACCGCACUCACACCACUCCUUGCACCUGUUGCAGUCACUCUAGCUGACCCCUCAGGGGGUCCAGUUCUUGCCAGGUCCACCACUGUGCUUCGGUGCCCGGCGGUUCCGUCUGGCUCACUGUCAGGUCUCCACCUCCCCUCGUUCUCGACGAACUUGGUGAGCAAUGCCGUCAUCCAAGAUCAUUGGGUUGACACCUUUUCCCCCGGAGGACAGCGUGUGGCGAUCUGUACGUGCUCCAUGACUGGCCGUCACCUGGCCACGUUCGCCCGUCAGCCAGGGUCGAGUCUUUACACACCGACGACUGUGUCUCCUCAGGUAGCUGCUAUCGGUCAGGUGUCUGCGUCAGGUCAGGUAGCCUCCCCUUGUGAGCGUCGCUCCUUGUCGCACCAGACUCUUCUCUGGCACCACCGCCUGGGUCACCCCUCCUUACCACGUCUCCGUGGUAUGCACCGUCGCCUCCUUGUGUCUGGUCUUCCUAGGUCUCUCCCUCCCCUCCCUGCCUCGCCUGCGCCGCCCUACCUUCCUUGCGUCGAGGGGCGGCAGCACUCCGCUCCUCACUCCUCCUCGUUUCCCCCUACAGAGGCUCCUCUGCAGACCCUCCACCUGGACGUGUGGGGUUUAGCCCGCGUUCGUGGUCAGGGCGGUGAGCGGUACUUUCUGCUGGUUGUCGACGACUACUCGCAUUACACCACGAUCUUCCCCUUGCGCACCAAGGGUGAGGUCCCUGCUGUCCAGAUCCCUUGGAUCCGAGCAGUUCGUCUCCGGCUCCGCCGCAGGUUCCGCCAGGACCUGCCUAUCUUGCGUCUGCACUCUGAUAGAGGUGGUGAGUUCUCCUCCGACCUCUUGCGGGCCUUCUAUCAGGGGGAGGGCAUGAAGCAGUCGUUCACGCUUCUGGGCUCAGUGCAGCAAAAUGGGUUUGCUGAGCGCCGCAUUGGCUUAGUCGUUGGCGAUGCGUCGCAUUUCCGGGUCUGGGGUGCUCGUGCCCUUAUGCGCGAUACGUCCGCGGACAAGCUCUCCUCCCGCACCAUUCCCUGUGUCUUCCUUGGCUUUGUCCCUGACGCGCCUGGCUGGCAGUUUUACCACCCCACCUCGCGCCGUGUCUUCCCCUCUCAGGACGUCACCUUUGACGAGUCAGUUCAUUUCUACCAUCUCUUCCCCUACCGCACUGCCCCUCUCCCUCCCCCGCCGCUUUUCCUCACUGCAGGUCCCCCUCCGAUAGACCCCCUCCCCCCUCGAAGUCCUGCUCCUUGGGGUGUGUCUCAGGUAGACCCGCCCCCCUUGGCUGAGCUUGUAGAGGUGUUGAGGAGUGCGGAGCCUUGGGGUGCUGGGCUUGCGGUUGCGGAGUCUAGGGGUGCUGAGUCUGUCCGUGAGGUGCUGGGGGGUGCGGAGCCUGGGGGUGCUGAGCCUACGAGUGCGGAGCCUGGGGGUGCUGAGCCGGAGGGUGCCGGGUCGGGGGGUGCUGAGUCUGUUGGCAUUCCUCUGAGUCUCGUUUCACGACGCGGGCCUGUCUCACCACAGCAGGCACGAGAGUGGCUUGCGUCGCGUACCCGCCAGCGGAGUCGUGCUGCUGGAGCUGCUUGUCGUGGAGGCGCUGGGAGUGCUGGUGUCUCUGGUCCUGGAGGUGCUCGUACUGGAGGUACUGGAGCUGCCGGGACUGGGACUGCUCCUCGAGCUGGAGGUGUCGGCUUUGGGGGUGCUGCUGCUGGAUGUACUAGGGCUGGAGGCCCUGGAGCUGGUGCUGUCGACCCUGGCAUUAACGACCCUGUUGCUGGAGGUGCCGGUUCUGGGGGUGUUGAUAGUGGUGGCGCUGGAGCUGGAGGUUUUGGAGCCGCUGGAGGCGCUGGAGCUGGGGGUGCUGAUGCUGUAGUCACUGGAGCUGGAGGUGCUGCUACUGGAGGCGUUGGAGCUGGAGGUUCUGGAGCUGCUGGAGGCGCUGGAGCUGGAGGUGCUGCUGUUGGAGUCACUGGAGCUGGAGGUGCUGCUGCUGGAGGUGCUGGAGCUGGAGGUUCUGGAGCUGCUGGAGGCGCUGGAGUUGGAGGUGUUGCUGCUGGAGUCACUAGAGCUGGAGGUGCUGCUACUAGAGGCGCUGGAGCUGGAGAUUCUGGAGCUGCUGGAGGCGCUAGAGCUAGAGGUGCUGCUACUGGAGUCACUGGAGCUAGAGGUGCUGCUGCUGGAGGUUCUGGAGCUGCUGAAGGUUCUGGAGCUGCUGGAGGCGCUAGAGCUACUGGAACUGGUGGCACUGCACCGCCGCGACUGUUUUUGGCUCCCCUGUCACCGUCGUCUCUGCCACCGCGUGUCUACGUGCUUCGCCAGGUUCUUAGCCUCCCGUCUUCUACAGGCCUCCCGUUAAAGUCCGGCGCACCACUGCCUGCCCCUUCUCCUUACACUGAGCAGACAGACUCCCUUACAGAGCGUCGUGAGCCUCCGUCUCGUCCUGCCUCGCCUGUUCGCGCGCGUCGCACUGAUAGUCGUGUUCCUCGUGAGCGUCCGCCUCCUGUCCCUGGCACGCGCGCUAUGGCACUUCGUCCUUCCUCUGUUCUACAGCGUGUUCCCCUACCGUCUCCUCCUGCAUCUUCACUGCCUGACGUUCAAAACCCUUGA